CUUCACAGUGAUAAGGUGGAGUGAGUUUAGAACCACAAAUUCUCUUCGGCAUUGGAGAACCACUAAACCUGUUAAUAAUUCUUUGCAAAGAAUAAAAGAUAAAAAAUUUCGAUUUGAAUUUCUCAUCAGUGUCAGGGAAAACUAGUUUGUGUUCUGUUUUUCCAUUUUGAAAUUCCAAGUGAUUAACAAGAAAAAAUGGCUGAAACAAAGUUGAGCAUGAAAGACAAAAGAUGGUCACUCCAUGGGAUGACAGCACUAGUGACAGGAGGAACCCGAGGCAUAGGGCAUGCAAUUGUAGAAGAGUUAGCAGAAUUUGGGGCAGCUGUGCAUAUAUGUUCACGUAAUCAAGAAGACAUUAAUAAAUGUUUGGAAGAGUGGAAAAGCAAGGGACUUAAUGUGACAGGGUCAGUAUGCGAUUUACUAUCUCAUGACCAACGCAAAGGACUAAUGGAAACUGUUACCACCAUCUUUCACGGAAAGCUGAACAUUCUAGUAAACAAUGCUGCUACAGCAAUAACGAAGAAAAUAAUAGAUUUUACUGCUGAAGACAUAUCCACAAUAAUGGGUACAAAUUUUGAGUCUUCCUAUCAUUUGUGUCAACUUGCAUAUCCACUUCUAAAAGCAUCUGGAUACGGCAACAUAGUAUUGGUGUCAUCCAUUGCGGGUCUCAAAGCUAUACCCCUUUUGUCUGUUUACGCAGCUUCUAAAGGAGCUAUGAACCAAUUAACCAAGAACUUAGCAUUGGAAUGGGCAAAAGAUAAUAUUCGUGCAAACGUUGUAGCUCCUGGACCCGUUAUGACUUCACUUUUGGAGUCUGUCGCGAAAUCUUCUGGUGGGAAUGAGUCUGUGGAAGAUAUAGUGUCUCAAACACUUGCUGGUCGCAUGGCAGAGCCUAAAGAGAUAUCAGCAUUAGUUGUUUUUCUAUGCCUUCCUGCUGCAUCAUACAUCACUGGACAAGUUAUAGCUGUAGAUGGGGGUUACACAACUUAGAUUGCUAUUAAUGAUUUGGCGACCAAGAAUAUGACCUUGUUUGUUGAAUAAACUCUGCUGUUCUUUCUCUACUGUUUGUGUUUCCUACGAAUAUUGCUUGUAUGGUUGGCUGCGCCACCGUUGUAAUUUAUGUCUUGUUCUUGAGCAUUGCCUCGUGUCUUCUACAGUUUAGUAACUAUGCAGAACUUAUUGUUAAUUGUCGUUUCCCGAAUGUUAUUUUGCUGUUAAUAAAAACACUAUUUUUAUUUACCA